AUGAAAAUUCCAAAAUUCUUAAAAUUUGCUCCAUGCUACAAUUCAAUGGCUUUCUUUCUCUCUCCACAUUUUUCAUUAUCUACUACUAUGUCUUCUGGAUGGAACACUAUAGUCUCUGAACCAGGCGUGUUCACAAAACUAGUCUCCAAUCUUGGAGUCGAAAAUGUCCAGAUUGACGAAUUGUACUCAAUUGACAGCCACUCGUUGCGUGAAGUGGCUCCAAUCUAUGCUGUAAUCUUCUUGUUCAAGUAUAGUAAUGUAGACCGGGAGUACGCCAAUCGCAACCAACCCUUGGAUGGAGAGUACGAUGCCAAUUUCCGGGAGAAUGGAGUGUUCUUUGCUCAGCAAACCAUCCAGAAUGCGUGCGCUACAUUGGCGGUGCUCAAUGCUUUGUUUAACAGCUCGGAGGAAAUCAACUUGGGUGAAGAGCUCCAAAACCUCAGACUGUUCACCCUAGACUUUGAUCCAGAAAUGUGCGGUGAGACUCUUUCCAAUAGUGAGGUGAUCCGGACCGUGCACAACUCGUUCUCGGCCCCUAGGUUCAUUGAUACCGGAGACCAACCGAAACCACCCCGCGAUGAUAAAGAUGAUGGCCUCUAUCAUUUUGUGGCUUACAUGAAUAUCCGCAACACUAUUUACGAGCUAGAUGGCCUUAAACAAUAUCCAAUCAAGCAUGAGACUCUUAGCUCCCCGGAUGAGUUUUAUGAUAAGCUUCCCGCAGUGUUGCAACGGCGUAUUUCCAAGUAUGAGGGCGAAAUUCGUUACUCGCUUUUGGCCAUCACUUCCGAUAAAUUACAGCAGUACCUGCUGCUAGGCGACGAGGCAGGUGUACAACAGGAGACGUACAAGAGACAGCAAUGGGACUAUGAAAUCAAUCUACGGAAACACGAGUAUUCUAGACUUACGGCGACUCUAGUAAAGAAUAUAUUUGGCAAGAUGAGUGAUGAAGAGUGGGCACAGGCGGUGCGCAAGGCGAAGACCGAACAUACGAAGCGACUUCUCAAGUGA